AUGGGAGAUACAUAUGAUGAUGUUUCUACUUAUGUCACUCGUACUCCUCAAGUGACGCAGGUUGUUGAUCCUACUGCAGACUCCGUCAUGCUCGAUUCAUCUCAUCCUUUCUACCUCCACCCAUCAGAUUCUCCUGGGAUGGUGCUUGUUAGCUCCAUUUUUUAUGGGAAAGGUUAUGGAGGGUGGCGAAGGGUCAUUUUCAUUGCCUUGUCAGCUAAAAACAAACUUGGAUUUAUAUCAGGUUCCUUUCCUCAACCCAAAAUUUCAUCAGACUCUUUCAAGCCAUGGACAAGGUGUAACGGUAUGGUCAUCUUUUGGGUUUUGAACUCUCUCUCUAAAGAAAUAGCUGAGAGUGUGCUUUAUUCCAAAACUGCCAGGGACAUUUGGAAUGAGCUUGAGGAGCGAUUUGGGCAGAGCAAUGGUCCUCAGCUCUAUCAACUACAAAAGGAAAUCACAGAGUUAGCCCAAGCAAACCUGGACAUUGCUGGAUAUUAUACCAAGCUGAAACGACUUUGGGAUGAGUUAGACAGCUUGGACAUUACACAACAUUGUACCUGUGAUUGUUCAUGUGGAGGAAAGGAGAAACACUACAAGUCUCAACAAGAUGAGAGACUUAUUCAAUUUCUCAUGGGGCUCAAUAAUGCAUAUGCUGCAGCUAGGAGCAGCUUGCUUAUGCUAUCUCCAUUACCUUCAGUUAACCAUGCUUAUUCCCUCCUGAUUAGGGAUAAGAAACAAAGGAAAGUGCAGAUCUCUCAGCAUGUUCUUCCUCAGAGUGCUUUUGUUGCAUCUCAGUAG